AUGCGCUUGUCGAAAGCUCUGAUAGAAAUGGACUUGCCAGAUUACACUGCAGCCUUAGACCCUGCUUAUACAACUCUGGAGUUUGAGAAUAUGCAAGUAUUAGCCAUGGGUAAUGAUACAUCUCCAAGUGAAGCCACCAACAUGAACGCUUCUAACAACAUUGGGAUCAGCGCUCUUUGUGCAAUCUGUGGUGAUCGAGCUACAGGUAAACAUUACGGAGCCUCCAGCUGUGAUGGCUGCAAAGGUUUCUUCAGACGGAGUGUCCGAAAAAAUCAUAUGUAUUCCUGCAGGUUUAACAGACAAUGCGUUGUAGAUAAGGACAAACGAAACCAAUGUAGAUACUGCAGAUUAAAAAAAUGCUUUCGAGCAGGGAUGAAAAAGGAAGCUGUGCAGAAUGAAAGAGACAGAAUAAGUACAAGGAGGUCAAGCUAUGAGGACAACAGUUUGCCUUCAAUUAAUGCACUCAUACAAGCAGAGGUGCUUUCUCGUCAGAUUUCCUCUCCUAUUUCUGUGAUAAACAGUGACAUCAGGUCUAAGAAGAUUGCAGUGAUAAGUGACGUAUGUGAGUCUAUGAAACAGCAGCUUUUGGUCCUGGUAGAGUGGGCUAAAUAUAUCCCAGCUUUCUGCGAGCUACCACUGGAUGACCAGGUUGCUUUAUUGCGAGCACACGCUGGGGAGCAUUUACUGCUUGGGGCUGCAAAGCGUUCCAUGAUGUACAAAGAUGUUCUGCUCUUAGGCAAUGACUAUAUCAUCCCACGCAAUUGCCCAGAGCUGGAGAUAAACCGUGUAGCAACUAGAAUUCUAGAUGAACUGGUUCAGACAUUUCAGGACCUGCAGAUAGACGAUAAUGAAUAUGCCUGCCUGAAAGCAGUUGUUUUCUUUGAUCCAGAUGCCAAAGGACUCAGUAACCCUGCCAAAAUCAAACGCAUGCGAUUCCAAAUACAAGUCAGUUUGGAGGACUAUAUUAAUGACAGACAGUAUGAUUCUCGGGGUCGAUUUGGAGAGCUGCUGCUAUUGCUACCUACUCUACAGAGCAUCACCUGGCAAAUGAUUGAGCAAAUCCAGUUUGUUAAACUCUUUGGAAUGGCUAAAAUUGACAAUCUUCUUCAAGAGAUGCUUCUGGGAGGUACUGCAAAUGAGACACCACAUACACACCAUUCACUACAUCCUCAUCUGGUCCAGGAGCAUCUCGCAAGUAAUGUGAUAGUGACCAGCACAAUGCCUGCUCCAGUACAAAAUGGGCAGAUCUCCACACCUGAAACUCCAUUACCUUCUCCACCUGGAGGGUCUGCAUCUGAGCCAUACAAACUGAUAGCAGGUUCUGUACCAAAACAACCAACAUCCGUUCCUCAACAAACCAUUCCAAAACAAGAGGCAAUUUAACAUGUG